AUGCAGCCAUCUCAUUAUCGUGGUAGUCAGGGCUAUGAACUCCCACCCGUGCAGUCGGUGACGUCGGGAGCUUUCCCGCCUCCCGCGCUGCUUUCCGCUCCGCCGAGCAGACCGGACAGCGGAAUGCGGAUGUCUCAUCUAUUGCAACCCAUGCCUCAGCAGUUAGCUGCGCCAAUGACAUCGCCAUAUUCACGCUAUUACGAGUCCGCGUCCGGCUCGCCGGCUGAGAGCAAUGCACUUGCAGAUGCAUCAUCAAUGGGCUCGCUUCCGAGCCUCUACUCAACUAGCGGUGGACCUGGGCAACAAGGCUCCGCACAAUUACAACAGAAACGCGCAUAUCGUCAGCGUAGAAAGGAUCCUAGUUGCGAUGCCUGUCGCGAGCGCAAGGUCAAGUGCGACGCCUCGGAGUCGGCCAGUUGUACGGAAUGCAACAACCGCAGGGUGCGCUGUCAGUUUACCAAGGAGACGAACCGUCGCAUGCCGUCCGUCAAACAGAUCCAGGAUUUGGAAAAGCAGCUGCAAAUUACCAGACAGCAAUUACAUCUUCUGCAGACGGGCAUGAUGCGACCUGAUCGCAUGCUUGACACGGACGAGGGCAUGCAGCCCAUGGUGUUGCCGGAAAUCGAAUACCGUCCCGUGCGCCGGUCCAAGGCGCCCAUUGCACAGGAUUUCUCCGAUGUGCGGUCGAAUCUCCGUCAUUACGGCCGGGGCAUUCUGAAGGUGCCUACUCCCCACCGCCCAAAAGGUGCGGAAUCGUUGGUAACGGGGGUCCCGCCGGAGCUGCCGCCGAAGACUUCGGCCGACCAACUACUGGCCCAGUAUUUCAAUUGCAUUCACUCCGUCCUGCCUAUCAUACAUUGGCCCUCAUUCACCGCAGAAUACGAAGAAGUCUAUCGGUCGGGCACGUUAUUGGGGGUCUCGAGUGAAUGGGCGGCUGUGCUGUUUGGUGUCUUUGCCUGCGGUGCCAUCCAUACGACCGACCCGAACCGAGAGGAGGAGGGCAAGAGCUAUAUACACACAUCUUGCGGGGUUAUCAAUGUCUGGCACGACAACUUCAAUAUGGAUCGAGCUCGGGCGGCGCUGCUCGCAAGUAUUUUCCUCUACGAGGUGAAUGCGAAAUCGGCUAGUUGGGUAUGGAUUGGUUCGGCAGUGCGGGUAGCUCAGGAGAUCGGAUUGCACAUUGACUCGGGCCCAUGGCCUGCAGUCGAAGGAGAGAUGCGGAAGCGUGUCUGGUGGGGGUUAUACGCCUGGGAUAGGUUACUUGCUCUUGAGACGGGGAAGCCGGUAUUGAUCAAUGAUCAAGACUGUGACAUCGAUCUCCCAUGUCCCGUGGACGAUCAGUACAUCACCGAAGCAGGCAAGAACCCCGAAAGUCAGCAAACCACGCCGCUGCUAGCUACAAUUCAUGUUGUCCGGUCCAUCGGCCAACUUACACGCACCCUUCGCUCGGCAACCAUCAGCCCCGCCACUCUCGAAACUUUCGAGCUUCACUUCAACACCUGUCUCGCCACAUUCCCCUCCCAAUAUCACCCAAAAACUGACCAAGACCUCGACCCCCACUCCCUCGCCCCGGUGAUCUAUCUCCAAAAUGCCCGCCUCCUCCUCCACCGCCACAACAUCUCCCCCUUCUGUCCAGAAAUGGUACGCGCUUCCGCAAUGGACUACUGCGUCAGCACAGCUCUCGACACCGCCAACAUUCUAGCCCGCUGCAUGCGAAACUACCCCACCAACCCGGGACCGCCGGGCAUCAACGACCCCCGCUCCCUAUUUGCCUCCUGCGCCAGCUCUCUCCUCUGCACGCACAUCUGGCGUUGCACGCUCUUCCUCCUCUUUCGCGCAGAGUACGCCGCAGCUCUCGCCUGCGUACAAGCUCUCGCAUCGAUCGGCGACGUCCGCAACGUCAACGCCGCCUGCGGCCGCUACCUCGCCUUCUUCCUACGGUGUCUCCUUUCCCGAAUCCGCCUGGCCGACGGCCACAUUCCCGACCUCGACCACGACGAGGAAAUGAUGGCCUACGUUUCAGGUGACAUGCAGGGAACCAGCGAUGGAAGUUGGGUAUGGCAUGGGUCCGAGACGGGGUCGCAGUUAGAGGGGAUGUGGGUCUCGAUGCCUGGUUCCCCGAGCCAGGGCGCGCAGACGGAUACAGAUGCCGAGUGGCAAGGGUGGAAGUGGAUUGAGAAGACUGUCCAGGAUCUCUUUACUGAGCAGCAUCGUUUGCAGCAGCAACAGCAGGUGGCUUACGCGCAACGAGAUCUCCCCAUGGGACAGGGUCCGAUGAAGCAGGAGCCUUCUUCUUCUUCUACUCUUGGUACUCCUGCGCCGGAAUCGGCCGCUGAUCCGGACAGACGCUCGGGUUCGGCGCAUUCACGCAUGACGAUUGCUAGCAUUAUUUGA